GUAAAUUUUAUCGGAGUGCAUUGAACGAUUAGCGGACUUUUCGUGUGGCUGAGUUCAACGUUGGAUAGAUUGACAAGUUCACAACAAUGUACGCCAAGGGGAAGGGGUCGGCAGUGCCCUCAGACAGUCAAGCCAGAGAAAAAUUGGCAUUAUACGUUUAUGAGUAUCUAUUACACGUUGGAGCACAGAAAGCAGCACAAACCUUCCUGUCCGAGAUUCGAUGGGAGAAAAAUAUUACAUUGGGGGAACCCCCAGGAUUUCUACAUUCGUGGUGGUGUGUAUUCUGGGACUUAUACUGUGCUGCACCUGAGAGACGUGACUCGUGUGAGCACAGCAGUGAAGCGAAAGCAUUUCACGAUUAUGGAUUUGUAAACAGUGGUUAUGGAGUGAAUGGAAUUACUCACAAUGCUGGACCUGCACCAUCACCACUUGGGCAGAUGCCACCCAACGAUGGCAUGCCUGGUGGCCCAAUGCCCCCUGGAUUCUUUCCAAACAACUCGACAAUGCGACCAUCUCCGCCCACACACCCCUCAUCACAGCCAUCUCCCCAGCACCCCCAGCCACCCCCGCCCUCACACUCGCAGAUGAUGCCCGCUCAGUUUAUGGGACCCAGAUAUCCAUCUGGACCUAGGCCUACCGUUCGUAUGCCACAAAUGGGAAAUGAUUUUAAUGGGCCACCGGGACAAACAAUGAUGCCAAAUAGUAUGGAUCCUACGAGACAAGGCGAAGCUGGAGAGUUUGUAGGGUGGCAAGGUCCUCCCGGUAUGAAUCCAAUGAACCCAAGGAUGAACCCUCCUCGAGGGCCAAUGGGACCAAUGGGCCCUGGGAAUUAUGGUCCAGGGAUGAGAGGACCACCUCCAAACAGUAGUUUAGGUCCUGGUGGGCCUGGAGGCCCUGGAAUGCCACCUAUGAGCAUGGCAGGUCCUGGUGGCAGACCUCAGUGGCAGCCCAACACAUCGACUCCUAUGAAUUAUUCCUCAUCAUCUCCGGGUAAUUAUGGUGGUCCUCCAGGCUCUACAGGGCCACCAGGUCCAGGUACACCCAUAAUGCCAAGUCCACAAGACAGCAGUAAUAGUGGUGGUGAAAAUAUGUACACCAUGAUGAAACCAGUACCUGGAGGCAAUAUGCCUGGAGACUUCCCAAUGAGUGGAGGACCUGAGGGCGGUCCGAUGGGCCCUAUGGGGCCGAACACAAUGGGUCCAGUAUUAAACGGCGAUGGUUUAGACGGAAUGAAGAAUAGUCCAGCGAAUGGCGGUCCUGGCACACCCCGCGAAGACAGCGGCAGUGGCAUGGGAGAUUAUAAUUUAGGUGGUUUCGGUGGUCCUGGUGAAAAUUUUUUUUAAAUCUCGAUAUCACCUUGGACCCAGCUACGAGCUCAAAAGACACCCUGUACAACUACCCGGGUAACAGACAGAUGGAAGGAUCUCGAUGCGUUAAAAACUAGAAUAAACUUAAGCAAGUUUACGAUAAUGUCAAUAUUGCCGAGACAAUUAUUUAAACGAUCGAUUGAUAUUAGAUUCACCCUAUCAGUGUUGUUAUUACGAUGAUACCAUGAAUUAUGUGGGAAUACCAAGUCACAUGACAUUCGUCAAUUCUGCUGUCAAUUGUCCCACUAUUUUUUAAAUAGCUCUUUUUAUAGAUUAUUAAGUAAGAUCUGAAACUACUGAUACUUAUUGCCACUACUGCCAUACAGACUAUGUAUAUGCUUCGCUGGUACUCUCAAGGUUACAUUAUUUUCAAGUUUUUUUUAAGUUUGAAUUUAGGCUUUCUGAUAUUUCUAGUUAGAGAUAGUAUUAUCUCAGACUAUUUAUAUUUAUUUUCUUUGGGGGGAGAGAAAUUUUCAGUUGCUGAUAAUGUCAUGAGGUCACCAAAGCUUUUUUUUUUACUAACAACCACUUUUUUACUGGUGCGGACUAUUAAGAGCUGAUGAGGGAAUGAAUUUUACUUAAGAUUGUUUCUACGAAACUUUUGUUUUAAAGUUUUUUGACAUUUUUAUCGACAAUGACUUAUCUCUCAGGUUACUUAAUGUCAUCGCCAGAAAAACAUAAUCACAACUUUCCAGAAGUAAAGAUCAUUGAAAGGGAAUUCGAAUUAUUUCAAGUAGUACCGAGAAUAUAAUUUCAAAGCUUACGCAACAAUUCACGUUUUUAAAUUUCUAUUCAUUGAAUCUUUUGAAAAAUGCUGUCUUUGAACGGAAAUUAACACUUUCUCCCACAAUUCUCAACCAAUUGCGAUUUGUUGAUGAUGAGAGGGGAUUAAAUUAAAAUUAAUUUUAUAAGAUCUUAACGUUGUUCACAAACAAAUAUAACUCGCAUCCAUUUUGGUCAAGUCGGGUGGAAUUUCAGAGAAUUCAAAUCAUUUCAACUUGUACGUAAAUUUUCAUCUGGUAAUGAAUAAUUAUUAGAAAGUUGAGUCAAAGUUUCUGAAUCAAUUUGUAAUUCUUCAUCGGGAUGCCUGAAUGUCGAGAAAUGAAUUCAGUUAAAAUCAGAUCCGGGAGAACUCCAUGACAUUAUCAGCAAACGGUGCCUGAUAUACUGUAGGCUGUUUACUCAAUAUUUGCUCUGUGAUUUGGGCUUAAUUGCUUAAUUAAUAUUUUUUUACUAAUCAUACUUCUGGGAGUUCCUAAGUUAACGAUAGAUGCAUUGUUCCCCACUUCAUAAAUAAUUAUCGUUAGCAAGAAAAGUGUGCUGAUAAUCCUUUCAUUCAUUUGACACUGAUCAUGAUUUGCAAGCACAAUUGAACCUGUGACGAGUUAUUUUUUAUCUCACCCCAAGAAAUUGAUUUCCAUCACCAGAUUUUCUCACAUAUAAUACCACAAGUGGUUCAAAAUUAUCGAAUAUUUCCCGAUAGAUUCGUUGCAAACAAAUGAAGGAGUCAAGUUUUUCAGGCUAAAAAAUCACGAGUGCGAAGCACGAGUGAUUUUUCCUGAAAAACUUGACGACUUCAUUUGUAUGCAGGGAACCUAGAGGGAAAUAUUCUAUAAUUUUGAAACUCGAGUGGUAUUCAGGGGAUUAUUUUUCCUAUCCAAAUUUCGGCCAAGAGAAUUGUGCCAUGACAUGAAAAGAGGUUUAUUUGGUUAAGUGUCGUUUGUUUACCAAAAUAUUCAAAAAAUUAUCGCAUGUAAUACCACAAGAGCUCCGAAAUUAUCGGAUAUUUCCCGAUAGGUUCGUUGCAAACAAAUGAACGUGUCAAGUUUUCCAGUUUAAAAAUCACGAGCGCGAAGCGCGAGUGAUUUUUCUGGAAAACUUGACGAGCUUAUUUGUUUGCAGGGAACCUUGAGGGAAAUAUCAGAUAAUUUCGAAGUUCGAGUGGUAUUCGGGGGAUUAUUUUUUGCAUCCAAAUCUUGGCCGAUAGAAUUGCACCAUGAGACAUAAUUUUCAACGAAUUGCCAUUUAAUCUGUCAGAUACAAUUGAGGGUUACUUCAACAUUUGUUUUUUUUUAUAUAUAUCAACAUGCAAAAUUUCCAGUGUAAUUUUCAAGAAUAUCCGCUGAAAUACCGUGUUGACUAUACAAAAUAACGUCGAAUGGUGCAAUCCUAUUGGCCAAGAUUUGGAUGGGAAAAAUAAUCGCUGAUAUUCGAGGUAGGCUAUACAAAAUAUCAACAAAUGGUGCAAUUCUAUUGGCUGAAAUUUGGGUGGGAAAAAUAAUCUUCCAAUAUUAAGUAGAUUCAUUCAUGAAAACUCUCUGGUUUCCGAAUCCUCAAAAGAUUAAAGGAUGACGUGAAAGUUCCAAUCUCCCAAUCUGAAUCUCCCAAUCUGAUUGAAGGAUUUCACUCUCCCAAGUUGAAAUUCUGAAAAAUUAAAGUAACUAUUCCCAAAAAUUUGAUUCCUGAAGAUUCAAUAAAAUUUGAUUUGAGGAUUUUUUCACAAUAUUAUUUCUGGGAGGAAAACUAAAUAACUUAUCGCCGGUUCAAGCCCAUAAUUUUUCAUUAGCACCCAAAAAUAAGAUGAAAAUGAGCUACUCAUUAAAUUCUAGUCCUCUUAUGCAUCAACUUCGCAAACAAAUUCAUCGAAUGGGUGAACAAACCAUCGAACAACCCCUUUAUCAUCAUUUAACCCGUUGCUCACUAAUCAGCAUUCACUUCUCACUAUAUUUACGAACAAAUCGCUAUAGGAUUUUAUUUUCUUGCCGCUUGAUUGCUCAAUUUUUACGAAAAUGCCUGAUAUUUUUGUAAUUUGUAAAUAAGAAUUUACGACAGUACAAUUAACAAACUCUCAAUUCGUAAUUAUAGAAAUUUCGUGCUGUGCAUUCAGUCGAGAGAAUAUUUGCAUAAUAAUCAUCUAUAUUUUUUUGCAUUUUUUAUUACUCCUCUUCUGUUCUUUUUUUAUCGAAGGGAAUAAGCUCAACUGCAUUGUACAUAGAUCAUGUAUUUUUCUGCUCCAAUAAUCAGCAUGUGUGAUGCUUAUAUCAGUGUAUUUUAUUUUCAUACUUUUCGUUUAUCACUGCAGUAGCGAAGCCGUAACGCAUCUUAAGACGAUUUAGCUUUCAGCUUCGGUUCCACGAAAAAUCGUCGAAUCUAAGGGAAACGAUGAAGUUUUCGUUAAACUCAUUGCAGAUAUCAAUUCGCUUUCCAAAAAAAGGCACAACAAAAAUUUUAUCUGCCUUAGAUUCAGAAAUUCAUAAAAAACUCAAUGAAUUAUCAAAAUCAAGUUGAAUCGUUUCACCUUCGCUACUGAAUAUUAAUUAAUUAACAAACCAGUGCAGCAUGGUUAACCCAGUGAUAUAUUUGUUUGAGAUACUAACGAAGAUGAGAGUAGAAGUGGCCAGAUUGAUACUUAAUACAUCGACAAGUCAUCUAAAUGUACAUAAAUAUGAAGAAAGGGUGCAUGUUUAAAAAUUUUCGUUAAAAAACCUGGUCAAAGGACUUCAGAAUAUCAAAAAGUACAAAGAAAUCUUCAACAUCCCACGAAAGUAAGGCACAAAAUAGAAGAAGACAAAAAUUUAAUCGCAUUUACACGCAACAUCAGAAACAGCCCCUCGGAAAAACUUCAUAGCAGUUCCCCCUCUCACAGAAACACAAAUGUUAUUUUAUUUUUUACAUGUCACCGUAUAUCUUCAAAUUUUUACGACGCAGAUUUUACGUACAUGGUUAUAAAACCGAGGUAACUGGAGAGUUUUAUCGAUAAAAGUUCAUUCAUCCAGGUUUUUUGAGAAUUUUUUAGACGUGCUCCCGUACAAAAAAAAAUCAAAUUUUUGCUCACAUUUUUCAAUCUAACAUAGCAAUCACUCUUUUCCUAUACUCAGCGGUACUGCAACAGCGUUCAAUUGAUUAAUGUCAAUAACUGCAAGAUAUUGAACAUGAAAAAAAAUAACGAAAAAGAUAUUAAUAUUUUUGUAUGCAUUUAAAACACCUAGGCAGUGUGAGUACUGACCCCUAAAGUGAAUGAGUGGAAUUGGCAGAGAAUUAUUUCAUAUUUUUUUUUACAAUUCAAUGACAAGAAUUAAUUUCAAAAAUCAUGGGAAUAAUAUUCAUUAAAGAUACUAUGGAAAUCCAUCCGUCCGCAGGUGGUUAUAGGUCAGUACUAGACUAUGCUGUGCUGCUAUUAGUUGAUUAACUCAUCGUUAAUUAAACUAUUUAAACUACGUAAUUAUAAUUCAUGUAAAAAUACUCAAUGAGGGAGUACGAAAUUUUGGGUCGACAAAUAAUCAUUUUGUUCAAUUUUUUUUCGUCAUUACAAUUUAAUUUCAUCAUGUGGUUUUUGAGAGACUGAAUCCGUGUACAUACUUAUUUUAACGAUAAUUAUUUGCUCGAUAAAUGUCGAUUCAAAAAUUCGUUCCACAUUUAUUCGUAAUGAGGGUCAUUCUGAGACUUAAUAUACUCGACGUCGAAGGUACGCUUACGUUUUAAGAUACGGUUGCCACAUUUUUAUAUGAAUUGAAUUCUAAGAGCAUUUGAACGCGAUUUUUAAUUUAUUUUGUUUUCAUGAAAUUAUUUUCUUAAUCUUUCUUUUUGUUACUCAAAAUGACAUGUGAAUGCUCCUUCGGGAGAUUUUCCCUGAAGUCUUGAAGUGUAAACGCUUGGUACUGUUUUUAUUUCAAGAGCAACGCAAGAUUGAAUUCAACUAUUGAAGGAUGAGACUAUUUUUUAUUGAUAGAAAUAUAUGCCUGAGCCAAGGGAGAUCGAGACAAUAAAUGUAAUCAUGUUAAACUGACAUAA